AUGAUGAAGAGGCUACAUUACUUCUCCUUCUGCAAAACCGUGUAUUUCGCUCGUUCUCCUCACCCCCACUAUGCUUCCCUCCUCUUUGCCGUCUUACCUUACUCGGACUCCGCCACCGCCGCCGCCGCCGCCGCCGCCGCCGCCGCAUCCGCCACCGGGAAGCACAUGUUCAUGGUCCAAUACCUCGUCGAGUCAUGUGGCUUCGACCAGGAGAAGGCCACCGAGGCCUCGAAGCUUCUCAAGGGCAUCCAAUCCCGGCAGCAGCCCGACUCCGUCCUUGCUUUCCUCAAAAGUUACGGCUUCGAUGACGCAUCAGUAAAAAGGCUUCUACUUUACUUCCCCAAAUGUCUUCUUUUGGACGUAGAGAAGACACUUACCCCAAAGUUCCGAGCUUUCGAAGAUCUGGGUUUCUCCCCAUCCGACAUCGUCGACCUCGUCUGGUCGAAUCCCUCCACCGUCAAAAUCAAACACGAACGCACUGUGCCUAAGAUCGAAUUUUGGCAAGGCCUUCUCGGGUCCAAGGAUGCCCUAGUGAAGUUGUUCAAGAGAAACCGAGCGAUUCUUGCGUACAGUAUGGAGAAGAGGAUCCAGCCCAACAUUGAGUUGCUCCGGGAAUGCGGCUUGGACGGCCCAAAGCUUACCUCUGUGUUACGGUUCUGCCCACUGAUCGUGGCACAGAAUGCUGAUUUCUUGAAGACCUUGAUCAGUCGCGCGGAGGACUUGGGAGUGCCACAGACAUCGGGGAUGUUCCAUAUUACUCUGCGUGCACUCUUGAUGGUCAGUCCAGAGAAGUUCAAGAUGCAAAUGGAAUUGUUCCGGAGCUUCGGGUGGUCAGAGGACAAUUUUGUUGCGGCAUUCCAAAAGUGUCCUACCUUCACACAAGGGUCUUUGACGACAUUGCAGAGAAAAAUGGAGUUUUUGAUAAAUGAGGUUGGAUAUGCUUCUUCUUACAUUGCUAUACGUCCGAUACUAUUGAUAAUGAGCUUGGAGAGAAGGUUAAUUCCAAGACAUCGGAUCUUGGCAACCUUGAAGUAUAGGGGGCACUGUGAAAGUGAUUACAAAGUGACGGCAUAUAUGGUGGCUUCUGAGACCAAAUUUGUAGAGAAGUACAUUAUCUUCUAUAAGGAUAGAUAUCCAGAUCUGAGUGAACUCUAUGCAAGCUUGAAACACACAAAUACUUCUGAUUCUGGACUUCAAUGA